AUAAUGCAGAUAGUUGUACAAUACAUGCAGUAAGUUAUUUAAAGCAAUACGAAGUUAUCACAGUUAGUUCAACGGGUCAAUUAAAAAUCUGGGAUUUAAGACAAUCUAGUUCAGAACCAAGUAGAACAUUUGUACUAACCGGUGAAAGAGUUCCUUUACAUUGUAUAGAUAAGCACCCUAACCAGCCUCACAUCGUGGCGACAGGUGGUCAAGAUGGCGUCUUAACGAUAUGGGAUAUGAGACAAGAUACGUAUCCUGUAACGUUACUUGAUGCGCAUAGUUCUGAUAUGUGGGAAGUGAAGUUCCAUCCAUCGAAUCCAGACAAUCUAUUUACAUGUUCAGAAGAUGGUUCUGUAUGGCAUUGGGAUAAUACCUCAUCACAAGUUUCUAUGGCAACACAAUUAUCAACUUCCAUGGCAGGAUCAGGUACAGAGAAUGUGUGGGAAGUGAAGUUCCAUCCAUCGAAUCCAGACAAUCUAUUUACAUGUUCAGAAGAUGGUUCUGUAUGGCAUUGGGAUAAUACCUCAUCACAAGUUUCUAUGGCAACACAAUUAUCAACUUCCAUGGCAGGAUCAGGUGCAGGUAUUGGAGGUGGUCAGGGUCCGUCAACAUCUAGAGGUUUUGGCUUUGCUGCAUUGUCGUCAAAUAGUCACCCUAUUCCUGGUACAAGCAGUCCGUGGCUGAGCAAUGAUGCUUCAAAACAUAGAAAUCUGGAAGUGACAACUUUACUACCACAUAACAAAAUGCCUGUCAACACUAUAGACAUUGAAAGUAAUAACCUUUUAUGCGGUACCGACGGGGAAGCAGUUUACGUAGUUCGGAAUUUGACUCUUCGGUAGCAUCAGAAAUUUCCGCCAGGACUGUUGGUUAUUUAUAUAGUACUGAUCGGAUUUAUGCAUGGUGGGAUGGAAUGACGUCCAAAGUUUGUAUCGUAUAACACUGCCAAAUGUUGGAAUGAUAGCAUUUCUAUGGUAAAUAAACAUCACAUCUGAAUUUUGUUCUGAUGCUGGAUAAAAAUGAAACUUGUGUUACACACAGAACCGCACCAUGUUAUUGAAACGCUGCAAUAUUCGUCACGACACCAGGACAUAUACUCCAAACACUGCUUGUGUUGUGGAAUUGACACUGCACAACUAUGUUAUAAGACCAUACAGGGAAAUCUAUGCUGACUGAUGUCAGAAAACUGGAAAACAUUGAAACCCUGUAUUCAUGUACCUUGAUGCAUCCUGUCAUGUCAAAUUAGUUCAUGCUUCAUAUUAUGAUCAAAUACCAAUUGUUGUUAUCAAGCAUUGAUUUCAACUAUGCCAAUGUCUUCAAAACUAUUGUGACAUUCCGGAUUGCUACAACCAUGUUAAACUAUGGGAACACUCUCACAAAAAAUAUUAUUUUGAUCCCGGUGUUCGCUUGCUCCAUACCAAGCCUCUGAACUAGCCAUUAAUGCAGUUGUUGCUAUAUAAGACAGGUUUCAUAUACACAGGAACACUUUUACCCGUCUUUGAUGCUUCAUGCUUCUACUCCUGGUUCACUUAGUUUGUUCAGUGACUCAUUAAUUUGAAUCCCCAAUCCAUUAGCAGCUACUUCUGUAUUUCUAUCUUAGGGAAUGGGGGGGGGGGCACAUGUACUGAAAACUACUAUGCGUUACUCUAUUGCAAGUAUGGUCAAUGUUGCCAUGUGUACUAAAUAUGUAGCUGAGCCAAAUACCUUCCCAGUCGAUUCUCUGUAAACUUGUUUGUAUAAAAAUAUCACUUGAUUCACCAGCUACCUCUCCUAACCAGACAUUUGCCUCAGCCUUUUUGAUGCUCAGUUUAGCCAGGUUUUUCACUGUAACUUUGUUCGUUUAAACUGGUUUCACUGUCGUUAAUUAGCAAUCAUGUACAUGCAUAUUACUGAAAUAAACUAUAGGAUAUUGUACAUUCCAAAAAAAUAAGCAGUUUCAACCUUCUGGUUUUCAAAUCAACAGCCAUUCAUUUUUUCUACCCCCAAGUUUCAAAAAUCUCCCGUUCUUUUUUUGCAUAUUCUGUUUUAAAAUAUGACCACAACUGCUUGGUAGUCAGUUUAAAUGUAUUUAUUUCACAUCUUUUACUUUUAUAUACUGCCAAUUUUGUACUCGCAAAGUAACUUUAUUUCGUCAUUUAUACAAUUUUUCAUGCAUCUAAAACUGUGAAGGCACCUACUCUCCCCUGUCUUUGUAAAUGGUUCGUCUCCCAUUGAAGUACUUGGCCAAUCACAAAAUCUUUUGCAUCACAGUCAACCAAUCAGAAACCUGAUCUAAAUAUUGAGGGAAAGGGGUGUUAUGUUUUGUAAAAAUAAUAAAUAUGUUAACAUUAAUUAUAUUUGUACAAUUUUGUUACAUUUCUAUAUAAAGAUCUGACUGGAAUGUAAAUAAAGAUAUUAUGAAUGUACUUUCAAGAAA